AUGAACGGGUCCCUCUUCCAAAUCCCCAAAUCCCACGGCCACCUCUCCGAGUCUGACCAUCAUACAUUUACCCUCAAAAACCUCUCUCUCCUCUCUGUCUCCCCCGACGACAAAUCCGCAAAACAACGUCCAAAAGAGAAGAUGACCGCCAUAGCCCCAUCCCCACCUACCAUCCCUCUCCCUCAAACGCCUCUCUUGACCCCGUCUUCUUUCUCCUCUCCGAAAUCUACCCCCACCCCUUCACUCACCACUGGCCAAACCCGCCCAAAAGUCCAGCUGCCUGUUAUACCUUCUUCCCCUCUCCGUCAAUCAACUCUCCCAACCCUGCCUGAGAUCCAGCUCCAAGAAGGCCCAGCGCUCAAAGCCCACCCUACAAGGGGUAUCCCCAGUACCCUCGCCAUCCCUUCAAACCCUCUUCCGCCACCUAUGAGCAUCGGCGCCUCUUUGACCAGCGGGAGCGGGCUCGGCGGACUUGCGGGACUUGGCCCAGGCUUCAGCCUAACGCCAAGACACGGUCCCCCGCCAGCCAGCUUGAUCCGCCUCCCACCCGCCCCGCCGCCUACGCUCGAGUUCCAUCCUCCUGAGGGGUCCAAGCCCGCUUUUGGGGGUCUUGGCGCUGCUUUCGGCGGCGGCCCUAGUGCCGGAGGAGGAGCAGCAAGUGGAGUAGCAGGGGGAGGAGGCGGAGAAUGGUCAAUGCCAAACAGUCUCCGCGACCUCCAAUCCCUCUCCCGCAGCGUCGACCGAUCCCUCAUCCCUCCCGUCAAACCCACCAAACUCGCCCCCUCCCCCAUCUCUCCCGUAUCUCCCGGGCGCCUCGAUGGGGUAAGAGAGAAGAGGGGGAUGAUGGAUAUAGGUGAAAGUGGGGGAUUCGAAAGACGGUUGGCAGAGAUUGAGCUGGAGCUGAAGGGGCAGAGGUCGGACCCUUCUUCGGGUGAGCUGGAGCUGAAGGGGCAGAGGUCGGACCCUUCUUCGGGUGAGCGAUCGCUCUCGCACUCACUCUCUGCGCGUUCGCGUCCCUUCUUAGAGAGCACAAGAGACGACGAAAGCACCAUCCAAGGCACACUCCUCUCCCAAAAUGACGGUAACGAGCUCAUCGGCCGUGUCCGACGACGAAACGACAAGAUGCUCGAGAAUGGGAAUGGGCAAGCGAUAGAUGAAGUCGAUGUGGAGUGGUGUUUCCUCUGUGGCGAGGAAGGGAAGAGGGAGAAGGGUGGGAUGGAGUUGAAACAAGCUGGGGAGGGGGUGGGGUGGCAGUGGGUUUGUGGGGAGUGUUCCAAACGAUCAUAA